UACUGCGCAUGCGCGGUCUGACGCGCGCCAUGAAUGUUGAAUUGUAUGCUAACCGCAAUUUAGUCGGAGUAAUAUUUCUUUACCGUUUUCACAAUUGUAAAUAUAUCGAUAGGCUGUUUUACUAUUAUUCUAAUUAUUCUUUAUAUCAACAAAUUGUCUUUAUUGUAAGUUUCCUCCAGCAGUGCUAUUUUGUCCACAUUGCAGUUAAUCUAACAGUUACUGUACCUGGUCUUCAAGUUUGAUUUUUAUCCGCCGAUCUUUUUAUCACACAUGUAAAAAGGCUGGAGUUGAUAAAUUCGAUCAGAGAAAUACAAAAUCAUGGAGGCUCCACCGGUCACUGUGAUGCCCGUGACGGGUGGCGCAAUCAAUAUGAUGGAGUACCUGCUGCAAGGCAGUGUAUUGGAUCAGUCCCUGGAGAGUCUCCUACAUAGACUGAGAGGUCUGUGUGAUGACAUGGAGCCCGAGAGCUUUGCCGACCAUGAGUUGGUCUAUCUACUGAGGGGCCAGCAGGGCAACCCAUUCAUCCUGCGUGCCCGUCGUUCUCUCCUUAAACCUACCUCCCCUUGGCACCUGCGCUAUCUGGGCCAGCCCGAGGUUGGUGACAAGAGCCGCCACGCCCUGGUUCGAAACUGUGUGGAUGUGGCUGCAUCACACAGUUUACCAGACUUUCUCAAUGAGAUGGGUUUCCGCAUGGACCACGAGUUUGCGGCCAAGGGCCACCUGUUCCGCAAGGGGCAGAUGAAAAUAGUGGUGAGCAAACUCUCCCGUGUGCAUGUGCCAGGUAACUUGGAGAACACAGAGCCCCUGUCUUUGUCAUAUCUGGUUGAGCUGAGUGUGCUGGCACCAGCAGGACAGGACACUGUGUCUGAGGAUAUGAAAAGCUUUGCAGAGCAGCUGAAACCUCUAGUGCAUCUGGAGAAGAUCGACCCUAAACGUCUAAUGUAGUGUACUUAUGACUGAGGAGUUUAACAGAUACUGUAGACAGAUAUGCUUAUAUUAGGCAACAGAUCUUAGAGUGUAAAAAUAUUUGUUUUGUGUCUAUUUUCUUAUUUCCCAUUUAUUUCUUAAAAAUAUUUUUCAAAAAAUGGACAUGGUCACCCUCAUGAUUCAGUUUUCAGAAAUAUUCAUUUCUGUUUUAGUCCAGAUGAUAAGACAUGGAUCGUCUUCUGUAUUCUUCUGCUUGCAUUCUGUAUUAAGAUAAGGUCUUAUUUAAAUUGUGCUGAUAUGCAUUGCUGAUUUUUAAGAUUAUAAAAUUCUUUGAUGUUUAUUACGUUUUCACUUAUUACAACAAAGAUCCACAUACUGCAAAUGCAAGCUCUUAUCUUAACACUCUAUAUGAAUCUUUAUGUAGCCAUGCCAAAGAAAAUAAAAUGCAGCUUAGAAGCACUGUUCGCUUUAAGACUAGCUCUGAAAUUAAGUACGUCUUGCCUCUGGAAUGAAGUGAACACAUGUGCGCGCACUCACUUUUUUUAAAUGCAUUUCUUGGACCAAAUAAUAAAUAAAAUGCAGCCAAAAUAGGCCCAGUGUAUAUGGAAAUUGCUUCAAUACUGUUUGCAAAGCUUCCCAGGUUAAGACCUUAUGAAGCUGGAUGAUAAAAUGGCAAGUGUACGAUUUUGCAAAUUCAAGGCAAAUGGUGUCUGAUUUGAAGAUGAUAAAAUAUAGAUUUCUUUAAUUUUUGAUGCUUUUAGUUACAACGUAGUUCCCAGAUACAAUAGUGUUAUUCCAUGGAUUUGAUAAAGUUACCAUUAUUUUAAAAUGUGAAAAAUAUAUAAAGAAUGAGUUAGUGAUCCUAAACUUUUGAAAGGUAGUGUACAUGUUUAGGUAAAAUACUCCUUUUUAUUUAAUUCUGUGAAAUACUGACAUUUCUCCCACAUUGUAAAUGAAAAUCUUUAAUUGUUUGAAGAAAAUUUAAAUGGGACAAACUGGUUAAAAUCAAAAAGAUACAAUGUUUGCAGAUCUCAAAUUCUGCAAAGAAAACAAGUUCAUGUUCAUGUUUAAACAACACAAUACUAAUGUUUUUACAUGUAUUUAAAAUUAAUAUGUGAUAGAAUAAGCCUUUCAUGUAUCUUUGCAUUCUGUCAUUAAAAACAAACCUGGAGCGCAUGCAUGUGUGUUGGAAACUAAACAGAAUUUAAAAGCUUCCCCUGUUUCUCAACCGCAUUUGUCAAAUAUUUGAAUAAAUUUUAGGUAUUCAGAUGACUAACCCCUCAAACCCUUCCCCCUCUCUAAAUCUUCUCACUCCUGAGGGGUAUUCCAGAUAGAUGGUUAUGUGACAUACCCGGGUAAAUUUAAGGGUAGAUUAUCUGAUAACCUCAAAUUUAGGAUCCAAAAACAGAUUACUUUCAGAGUGUGUAAGUAGCAACUCACUCUCUGAAGAUAACCUGCUCCAGAGUUUCAGGGGUUGUGCGAGCAUGUGCACUUUUCGAUGAGCGUCAAGUGGACGUGGAAGCACAGAUUUCGUAUAUUAUUAUAAUUUUACAGCAAUAUUACAAUUGCAUUUCCAAUCUCACCCAUUGCAAUUCAGCAUUCACAACUAAUUUUAUUAUGUAACCUUUUAAAAUGAAAUAAUCUUUAAAUAAAAUAAUGUAAGCUGUUAUUAU